AUGGACACCACAUGUCCUGAUCAGCCGAAUUCUCCUCAUAGCGCUGCUCUGCUCCCCCAGUUUGCCAUUUACACCACAGCCUAUGGAUUUUAUCCAACAUUACUCAUGUUCAGAGCAUACCAGCUGAAAUGAAUGCACCUGAUUAACUAGAAGGUUAAAAAAACUGGGAAAUUUGUAGCUCCUUUGCAAAUAUUCUACACUGCAGUAGUAGGAAGGCUGGGCUCUGGGUAGUCCUCUUUCUUCAAUGCCACGCUGCUUAAGUGCAGACAACUCAGGUGCUGCUGAGACUGGCACAGAGGCAACAACAGCAGAGGUGAAGGAUUACUUUCAUGGGAUGCUUCCACAGGUGAUCCUUUGGGACUUCCCAGAAAAGGCAGCAUCCCAGCUGGCAAACGGGCUGCUUGGACUCUGGCCAGGAAUGGGGCUUCGGCUAUUCCUUGCGAUCUUAUCUCAUCCUCGCUGGUUACCUUCGCUUUCUUUUUUGCUUUCAGUGGUGUGAAGAUCAGGAGGGAGAGAGGGUAUAAAAGAGGCAAACAAUGAGAGAAGGUGGGAGAAAAGUGCAAGAAACCUCGAAGCGAAACCUCCAAGAAGACGACUGAGCUUGGCUGCAAAAAAUCAGUUCAGCAGCAGGUAAGGAGUUGAACUUUUCUCAUGAUUUCCGUUUCUUUUUGAGCUUGUUUGCAUUAAAGGAGACUCUGAGCUUCUUGCUUGGCAGAACGAUUGUUGUUGCUGGGGGUUUUUUUACCUUUUACUUUUUUAUUUUUACCUUUUACCUUUUUUUCCUUUUUAUUGUUAUUACAUUAAUUAUAUUAUAGCUAUUGUGAUAUUAUAUUAUUAUAUCAUAUUAUAUCCAGUGGUUUUUUUUCCUUUAAAAAUGUUUAGGGGUACUCUCAUUUGACCAUUCAAAACCACCUUUUUAUAGUUCAAAUCGGGAAAAAUAAAUACAAUAAAUGGACAAAAGUGCAAAGAACAUGCAUUACCUCAUAUUACGCAGCUCACAGUAACUUCCACAUUGGCAUGAGGUUGUGUGCACUAACGUCUUCCUGAUUCCUUUCUGGGAAAGAAAGGAAGCCGCCAUCGGAGGUGGUAACAACAAAAUGUUUAGGGGUACGUGUACCCCUGCGUCCCCCCAGAAAAAAGCACUGAUCAUAUCGUAUCGUAAACAAUCAUAUUAUUACCAACAAUGAGGUUCUAGAAGGCUGCCCUUCUUUCCCGCGGCAAAGGGAAUACAGUAAAUAACAUGCCACAAGUAGCUAGUGCUACUUUUAGAGUUUUAAGUAACUGCCCUGAAGCCAAUGCAACCCGUCUCCCUUUCGCAUGUUAAUUCAAUAUAUCCCUCUGCAGAGCCCCCCCCCCCUUUUGAUGGGUAUUAUUCCUGAAAGAAAGCAGCAGGAACACAGCUGUGCCCCAGCACUUGCUGACGUGCAAAAAUGGUAUCUGUGAGCUACUUCUGAUUAGAGAAACUGCAUGGCAAGGGUUCGAGGCAGGGCUGGAGGUUCAAGAUGCUGGAGGUUCUCUUGGUUCUGGGUUGGUGCUGCCUGAUGAGCCUGGAUAGCUCAGUGGGUUAGACCAUGGUGCUGAUAACGCCAAGGUUGCAGGUCCCUGUAUGGACCAGCUGCAUAUUCCUGCAUUGCAGGGGGUUGAACUAGAUGACCCUCAGGGUCCCUUCCAACUCUACAGUGCUACGAUUCUACGACUUUCCCAAGUCGCCCUUUUGGGGCUUUCCGUAUCCUUCUAUGACUGUGGUACGAAAUAUGAAACUUCCCUUCUCCAUGCACCUUAGUCCUGCUGCAAAAUCGCCUCCCCAUAUCAAUUAAGACAGACAGACGAACAAACAAAACUCCACUGAUAACACCCACACUUAAGUAUCAUGCAGUUAGGUCCUCGGAUGUCUUAAUUCUAAAAAGGAUUUUAUGCUCUUUUUUCUUUUAGUUGUAUUUCAUUUAUUUAUUCGUUAUAUUUAUAUAGCUUUCAGGACAAGAUAAUGUUGCUGAUAAUGGGUUGUCUUCAACUAACAUUUACUCAGAGUAAAUCUAUUAAAAUUAAUGGACCUUAGGCAUGGUUAUUAAUUUCAUUGAGUCAUUGCUGAAUAAAAGUUAGUUGACAAGAACCCAAUGUGGAUAUUUUCCCCAGUAUUAAUGACCUUUAAGAAUAUUUCUGGGCUCUUUCUGCAUCACUUAUUUCGACCCUCUGACUCCUUUUUUUUUACCUCCCCCUUGAUGACAUUUCUAAAAAUAUUCUUUUUUUUACUGGUGACUUUUGUAAAAGUGGCAGAACAAGACUUUUUAAAAAAAAAAUUUUUUUAAAAAAAGUCCAUUAUCUUUUUAUUCUGAACAUUGCUUUCAGACAGUCCCUUCUCAAAGACUAAAAAGCACAAUGACUUGUACCAAGACACAGGAGGACGUAUGUCCAAGGACACCAAUAACAGGAAAUCUCAUGUAAACUGAGACAUCAGAUUGAGAGUAAUUAAGAAAUAGUCAAACUGUGUAAAUACAAAAUUAACCGGGGGGGGGGGGGUGGAGAGAAAAAGAUGCAAGCAUAUGGUCUCUUAGUGCAGAUGGGCAUUUCCUUCUGGUUCGCCAGGACUUAACAUCACAAGCAUCGCAAAAAGGAGAACCUCCCUCCCCACCUUUAGCGCCUCCUUCUGUCAGGACUCCUGCUCCUUCUACGGCCACCCCUUCGCUUCCCUUUCGGAGGUCCCCUGACAAAACACCAAUCCACGCUGAUCGGCUGCCCCAUAAGGUCUUGUCCAUUCAGUCCCUCCGUGGCUGCCUGGGCUUCUUUGUAUGUUUCAUAUUCUACCAGGGUGUAGCCCUUCAGGUAACCUGUCCGCCGGUCAAGAUUCAGGUGGAGGUUCUUGAUUUCCCCAAACUCUGCAAACUUGUCAUGAAUGUCCUCCUCGGUGGCCUCCUCGUGGACGCCCGUGACGAAGAGAAUCCAGCCUUCCACCGAUCUCUGGGGACCCGGCUCAUCCCCAUCUUGCUCCACGCUGUCGUAAUCCUCACGGACACGGGCUCUGGAACCCUCCUCUGACCCAAACCCUCUGCCUUUCCUCUUCUUUGCUUUUUCCUUCAGUUUGUGGAUGCUUUCGUCGCCAUCCUCGUCCAUGGCGAAGUCCUCGCCGCCCGCCUCAUGAAGGUCCAGUACGUCCACCAUCUUGGCCACUCGAGCGUCUUCCUCGGCUGACGGAGCUAAUCUCGCCCGUGGCAGGACAAGACUUGGCCAGAAUAUACGAGGGAUAUGCACAGUGCAUUGACUUAUUUAUUUAUGAAGUGUUUUAUCCAAAGUUUUAGCCAAAAAGGGAAUCUUUAUUGGGGUGUAAAUGCUUCCUUUAGACACAUCUCUAGAGGAAUGAAUAAUUUGAGUUCAAAAAAGACCCACAUCCCACAUAAACAUGUUUUAAGGGUUAUGUGUGAAUGCAUGCACAUAGAGAUUUCUGAGAGAUUGACAACAGGCACAAUUCUUCACUUUAUUGAAAUACUACCAACUGCUGCUCAAACAACCCACUGGUCUUAGAGAUAUGUCCUAUGUAAAUUGAAUCCCCCCCCCCCAUAAACCAUGGAUUGUAAAUAUGUCCAUAAAAGUGUGUUGAAGGCUAUCAUUUAACUAUUGUAGUUUUCUUUUCUUUCACAGAUAA